AUGUCCGCUUCUCUCAGCUACCAAGACGUCGCCGGUCACAACACCAAGGACAGCCUGUACAUGGUUAUCCACGACAAGGUCUACGACGUUACUAAGUUUGUCGACGAGCACCCUGGUGGCGAGGAAGUCCUUCUCGACGUUGGCGGCCAGGAUGCGACUGAGGCGUUUGAGGAUGUCGGACACAGUGAUGAGGCCAGGGAGAUGCUAGAGCCUCUGCUCGUUGGCGCUCUCGACCGACAGCCCGGCGAUCCCCUUCCCGGCAAGUCCUCGUCGUCUUCAUAUGCGGCUGCGAACGCCGACGCCAGCAGCAUCGGUGUUGGCAUGUACGCUUUCGUCUUCAUCGGCGGCCUCCUCUCUUUCUUCGCCUACCAAUACACACAGAAGCAGGCUAUCGCUGUAUAA